GGCGUGCAGCGGGCUCGCUGGCUGUCUGGCCACGUCUCCGGGCCACGUCGCUGAGCUCUCGCCAUCUUCGGUCCCCGGCCCCGGCCCGCCGCCGCCAUGAACAUCUUCCGCCUCACCGGGGACCUGUCCCACCUGGCGGCCAUCAUCAUCCUGCUGCUCAAGAUCUGGAAGACCCGCUCCUGCGCCGGUAUUUCUGGGAAAAGCCAGCUUCUGUUUGCACUGGUCUUCACCACCCGUUAUCUGGAUCUCUUCACUUCAUUCAUUUCAUUGUAUAACACAUCUAUGAAGCUCAUCUACAUUGGUUGCUCAUAUGCCACUGUGUACCUGAUCUACAUGAAAUUUAAGGCUACCUAUGAUGGAAACCAUGAUACAUUCCGAGUGGAGUUUCUGGUGGUCCCUGUUGGUGGACUCUCGUUUCUUGUUAAUCAUGACUUCUCUCCUCUAGAGAUUUUGUGGACCUUCUCCAUCUAUCUUGAAUCAGUUGCUAUCCUCCCCCAGCUUUUCAUGAUCAGCAAAACUGGAGAAGCAGAGACCAUCACUACUCACUAUCUUUUCUUCUUGGGUCUCUACCGUGCCUUGUACUUAAUCAAUUGGAUUUGGCGCUAUUAUUUUGAGGGUUUCUUUGACCUUAUAGCUGUUGUUGCUGGUGUGGUCCAGACCAUUCUUUACUGUGACUUCUUCUAUUUGUAUGUAACAAAAGUACUCAAGGGAAAGAAGCUCAGUUUGCCAGCGUAAGUGCCAAAAAUCAUCACCAGCAUCUGUUCUUCUGGAUGCUUGGACAGAACAAUCCUUACCACAAGCAAAGGCAAAGAUGCUUGAGAGAGAAAAUCAGAAACAACUUUUCUAGCACAGGUGGUCAUCAGCAGCUCUAAGAACAGAGGAAGAACAACCAGCGGAUUUCUGUUUGAUGCAUCUUGCCUUGACCUUUUUUUAUUACUAUGUAUAAAGAUUUUUUACAUAAAGAAACUUAAUACUGUAUUAAUAAAUUCAGCGUGUAGUUUCAAUUGGACUAGUUCCAAAAGUGAGGUUUUGUGAGGUUGUUUAUGACCAGGAAUAAGUGCAAACUUUUUUUCUUCAAGGAUUCUCUGAGAUUUGGUUGACACUCAAUGCACACAAAUAAAUGUGUACUGCCUGCUGGAUGGUAGUCAUAGCUCUUUCCCUUUGAUUCAGUUUUCAUUCCACUAUAUUUAUUUUUAUGAAAGGCAAAUAUCUGUCACUCAUGAACCCACCAGUAUUUGAUGUGAAGUUGUGGUUCCCAGUAUGCUGUGCCAUCUGCUGACAUGGAGUUCUUUAUGAAAAGUGUCAGUGCCAUUAAAAUUGGCAAUCAUGGCUUGUUAAAUGUCUUUUUUCCUCCUGUUAGUUGCUAGAUUAUCCCUCCACCACCACCGCAAUCUCCUUUUUUAACACUAGAAAGAUAUCAGAGAUCCACUCUUGUGGCCACCAUGAUUUGUGCCAUCUACUUUUUUUCAUGUCUUGAAGGCAAUUGCAAAGUAUCUGGUGGCAAUAAAGGUCAUAGAAGGUAAGGGUAUGAUUUCAUGGCUUAGAUGAGCAAACACUCUUGUUCUGUUCUUCCUUCUGGAAAAGACAGUUAAACAUCUUGGAUGUAGAGCCCUACGCAUUUAAUUAAAAUGACUAUUGCAACUCUAAGGUUGAACUUCAGGAAACUGUAAAUGAUCAUUUUAAACAAGGUCUACAUUUUUUAUUAAUACUUUAUACUUUACUUU